GUAGCUGAUUGAAACGCGUCAAGUGCAGUACCCAAAACAAAACAAAACAGAAGAAGGGAAAUCAAAUAGUCGAGUCAGGAGCAAUGGCCAUGGAUGAUUACGAUGAUGACAUGAGCAGCGUGGGCGUGACGACCGCCCGCAUUGAGAAUCAACAUCAGCAACAGCAACAGCAGCAGCAACAUCAUCAGUACCCGGGCCAAGGACAAGGUUCGGGACAGGGUCAGUAUAGUGCGGGUGCUGUCAAGGUGGGUGGUUGGCGUUACGAGGAUGCGAGUCGUUACAUUGGCGAAUGGAAUCAACGUGGACAGAAGCAUGGCAUUGGACAUCUUCAAUUUGCCGACGGCACACGUUACGAUGGCCAAUUCCAGGAGGGACUUAGCCAAGGUCUGGGUUGUCUUUGGUUUCCCGAUGGCGCCAAAUAUGAGGGAGAAUUCCAUCAGGGCUGGUUCCAUGGCAAUGGCAUUUUCUGGCGCUCGGAUGGCAUGAAGUAUGAGGGUGAGUUUCGUGGCGGAAAAAUCUGGGGAUUGGGGCUGCUCACGUUUCAGGACUUUACGCACGGAUUUCCACGCAACGAGGGCUACUUUCAGGACUGCCGCUUCAUGAGGAAACGUCGCUGUCCCGAUAUCGUUCAGCGUGCUCAGAAGUGCGCCCUCAUGGCGCGCUCCCAGUGCGAUCAUCCCUACUAGUUAACAGACAUAAAGUGAAAGUUUUUGAUCAACAA